UCCUUGUGAAAAUGUGGCUCCUGCCGCGUGGAGGAGUUGAGGGUCACAUGACUGCAAAUGUGAGAAAUUAGUGUUGCUGGAAUUUGCUGCAUAGAACUUUUUGUCUAGAGCACAUGUAGCGUUUUUAAUUCGCUUGGUUUCUGGUUGACGAUUCAAGGAUGAGAGAGAUUACAAAAUGUUCAGCUAUAGAUACGGAGGGAACUACAAAAGCAUGAUUUGAUAUUGGAUAUUUUUAAAAAGCCGUAAUUAAACCUAAAAAUAGAGUCAUGCAAAGUUCCUGGGCCACUGAUCAUGGAGAGAGAGGUCGUCGCACUGGUGAUUUUUGUUUUACUUCAUAGGAGUUAUACUUUUGUUGAAAGUAUUCUGUAUACAGGAGGAAUAAUAUUUGCUUACUUGUGACUCGUCCCAUAUCCUAUCUUCCUGAGUUAUUUUAAGUUAAGAACCAAAAUGGCGGCGGAUUCCAUACAGGAUCUUAUCCAGUAUAAUCCUUAAUGGGAUUUGUCUCCUCCGAACUGCUUAUCAGCUAUUCUGACUCUCAAGGAGCUGUGCAGACGGUGAGAAAACAAUCACCACAACUAGACUUGGCUGAGUCGCUACAGACUCCUCUUCCCACCACCAACUAAUAUGGCCACGCUUCAUGGGAGACAACCGGGACCACAUAGGGGGUCUGGGUGAAAAUCUGGACCUGUCCGACACAAUGGUGCAGCAGAGGUUAGAGGAGGUUAAAGACCACAUCAAGAGGGAGAUCAGGAAGGAGCUAAAAAUCAAGGAAGGGGCUGAGAACCUGAAGAAGGUCUCCACAGACAAAAAGAGCCUGGCCUAUGUUGACAACAUGCUGAAGAAGAGCAACAAAAAGCUGGAAGAGCUGCACCAGGAGCUUCAGGAGCUCAAUGCUCACAUUGUGGUGAAGGACCCAGAGGAACUACUUGUUUCUGACUGCCCCCUGACUCCAGACCAGCUCAGCAGUGAGUCCAGAGUGUGCAGUAGCAGACUGGAGGCUCUUAAGAAACAGAAUGACAUUGAGCUCAAAUGCAAACAAGGAGCUGAGAACAUGAUCCAGAUGUACUCUAAUGGGUCCUCCAAGGAUCGUAAACUGCUAGCCACUGCCCAGCAGAUGCUGCAGGACAGCAAGACCAAGAUUGAGUUUAUCAGGAUGCAGAUUCUCAAAGCCAGCCAGACCAAUGACACAAACUUCGAAAAUAAUGAUGUCUUGUUGUCCAAGCCCAUCAUCAACCCCCUGGAUCUAAGACUAGAGGAGCUGAGACAUCACUUCAGGAUAGAGCAUGCUGUAGCUGAGGGUGCCAAGAAUGUCAUGAAGCUCCUUGGUUCCUCUGGGAAGGUUACAGAGAAGGCAGCCCACUCUGAGGCUCAAGCCCGGUUUAAUGAGUCUAGUCAGAAGUUGGAUCUGCUAAAGUUGUCUCUGGAGCAGAGGCUGAAUGAGCUGCCUAAGAACCAUCCUAAGAGCCUUCUCAUCAUGGAUGAACUAGCUAUGGUGGCCUCGCCACCACUUAGCCCGCGCCAGAGCAUUAUGUCUACACACAACCAGUACAGCACGGUCACCAAGCCUGCUGCACUUACCGGCACAUUGGAGGUGCGUCUGAUGGGUUGUCAAAACCUACUAGACGGGGUUCCAGGUCGCAGUAAGGUUCCCUUAACCACCCUGCCUGGAUGGAGUCCCAGUGAACAGCGCUCCUUCAUGUCCAGAGGCAACAAGAGCAAGGGAGCCAGUUCACGUAACCUUGCAAAGACUGACGACCUCUCUAAUGAGGUCAGUGCUGUAUUAAAGCUGGACAACACUAAAGUGGAACAGACCAGCUGGAAACCUGUCAGCAACCAGUCCUGGGACCAGACAUUUACACUGGAACUUGACAGGUCUCGUGAGCUGGAGAUCUCAGUCUACUGGAAGGACUGGAGAUCGCUAUGUGCCGUCAAGUUCCUACGUCUGGAAGACUUCCUGGAUAACCAGCGCCAUGGCAUGUGUCUUUACCUGGAGCCUCAAGGCACAUUGUUCGCUGAGGUUACAUUUUUCAACCCAGUUAUUGAGCGAAGACCAAAACUACAAAGGCAAAAGAAGAUAUUCUCUAAACAACAAGGUAAGACAUUCCUGCGGGCCCCCCAGAUGAACAUCAACAUCGCCACAUGGGGUCGGCUGGUCAGGAGAGCCAUUCCCUCUGUGAACAACUCCUUUAGUCCUGCGCAGCUCCCUGAUGUGGGGACAGAGCUGGACCUUGACUCCCAGGCCAUCCUCCGUCCGCUUUCUUCAGCCUCCCCCAGUGACCUCACAGUGACCAAACUGGACUUUGACAAAGAGCCCUCCCUGCCCUCGAAGAGGCAGUCUGUGGCUUUUAUUGGAGAGCCCAUUUUGGAAAGCAGAAUUACAGACGUACAAGCAGUACAGGAUGCCCUGUCUACAUUUGACUUCCUGAAUGACAGCAGGAACAGCAUGCUGAACAGCAAAAUAGACAACAAUAUUGUUGUAGAGCAGCUGGACAAUGAGAGGAUACCUAUACAAAACAUGACAAACACAAGAGUUGAGGAAGAGUUCCAGUUUAGCCUCAAAGACUUUAAGUGUGUGGCAGUUCUGGGUCGAGGACACUUUGGAAAGGUGCUCCUGGCUGAAUAUAGACGCACAGGGGAGAUGUUUGCUAUCAAAGCCUUGAAGAAGGGGGACAUUGUGUCACGUGAUGAGGUAGACAGCCUGAUAUGUGAGAAGCGGAUCUUUGAGACUGUGAACAGCGUUAGACAUCCCUUUCUGGUCAACCUGUUUGCAUGCUUCCAGACCAAGGAACACGUGUGCUUUGUCAUGGAGUAUGCGGCUGGUGGUGACCUGAUGAUGCACAUACACGUCGACGUAUUCCAAGAACCACGGGCUGUGUUCUACGCUGCUUGUGUUGUCUUGGGAUUACAGUAUCUUCACGACCAUAAGAUUGUUUACAGAGACCUAAAGCUGGAUAACUUGUUGCUGGACACAGAGGGCUAUGUUAGGAUUGCGGACUUUGGCCUCUGUAAAGAAGGGAUGGGCUAUCAAGACCGCACAAGUACAUUCUGUGGGACACCAGAGUUCUUGGCCCCAGAGGUCCUGACAGAGACAUCAUACACACGGGCCAUUGACUGGUGGGGCCUGGGGGUGCUCAUCUUUGAGAUGCUGGUUGGGGAGUCCCCCUUCCCUGGAGAUGAUGAAGAGGAGGUGUUUGACAGUAUCGUAAAUGAUGAAGUCCGCUACCCAAGAUUCCUUUCCACAGAAGCCAUCUCCAUCAUGAGAAGGUUAUUGAGGAGGAACCCAGAGCGACGUCUUGGGGCUGGAGAGAAAGACGCAGAGGAAGUGAAAAAGCAUCCUUUCUUUAGGAACGUGGACUGGGACGGUCUUCUGGCUAAGAAAGUUCGGCCAGCGUUCAUUCCCAUCAUCAAGGAUAGAGAGGAUGUGAGUAACUUUGAUGAGGAGUUCACCUCGGAAGCUCCAGUCCUGACUCCACCUCGGGAACCCAGGAUUUUAACAGCCAAGGACCAGGAAUUGUUUGCUGACUUUGAUUACAUCGCAGACUGGUGUUAGCCAAUAUCCAGCCUUCAUUACACGCAGACUGGAGUUAGCCUAUACACUACUACACCCUCCUAACACUGUGAACUGUCUGCAAAGAAGGCCAGCAACAACCUUCAAUUUUUUUUUAAAGGACAGUAUCCAUGUUUUGCUGCACGGUUUCUUAUUGUCUGUGCCAUUUAAGGGAUUGGUAAUUUUAUGAAAUUUUACUCAACUUUGUGUUCUUAAACUAGCAAUUAUAUUUGUGUUUAUAACUGGCAAUUUUAGUCUGAGUUUCUUUUUCAUGUCCGAUCACUGGUUGUCAUUCCAUGUAACAAUGGAUAAAAAAAAAUACUUGAAAAUCCAGAUUGUUAUCUUUGGUAUGUAGGAACUGAAAUGGUCCAAUAAGAUUUUUUUUUAUUUGGUUCUUUUGUUUUCACAGAGAGCCAUUUCUAUAUUGUAUAUCAUUCUGACAAAUCUACAAGGAUAUUCUUGUAUUUAUUAAUUUUAAGUUGCCUUAAACACUUUGGUGUAACACAAUGAAGGGCUUCCUACAGUAACUAAUAUCAGGUAUUAAAACCCAACAAAGGUAGCUGCCAUAUAUCCACUCCUCCUUUCUCAAACAAUUUGCAUGAACAAAACAGAUCAUGGACAUGAAAUUCAUCGAUAAUAGCUUAACCUUUACUUAAACCUGGUACAAAGCAGUCUAACUACAGUAUUUUAAUUUCUGUCUUUGGUGGGUUUUAUUUUUCUUCCUUUUCCGAAUUCAUACAAUGCCCAUCCAAUCAGCUGUUGUAGCACUGAACAAAGAUUUAUGCUGUAUUGAGGCAAAAACACAGAUUUUGAAUCAGAUUUAUUGUAUGAAUGUGUGUUUUUCUAGAAUGUUUGGAUACAGGUAUAUGAACAUUGGGAAGCCAGUCUGGCAGCUCAUGGAAAAGUUGGUUGUUCAGAGCAACUAAGACUUCUUAGAUGGAAUGUAUGAAUGUAAAUUCAUAACAACAGUGGUGUAUUUGUUGGCGUAUGUGAAAUAAUGUGCAAAAAAUAUAUAUUUCUAGCACUACAUUUUAUUUUUUUUGAUGACAGCAAAAUGUUAUGUUAAUGUGACGAAUGGUUCAUGACAGCAUUACAAUCUCGCUUUUCAGUAUGUUGAUCUCCAUUUUGGACAGUUUAAAGUGCUCUGAGGCACUUCAGCAGUUUUUACUGUCUAUAAGCUAAAUCAGCAUGUCUGUACCAGCGAUGUACAUAUUAUAGCUAGCAUGUCAUGAAGACAUGUGAACUUAACAUGUCACAAAACAGCAUUAAAUACAUUAUUCAUGUAA